CCACGCCGCAGCCGCCUCCGACGCCGGACCACAAGAUCAUGACGGAGAAACUGGUCAACGAAAUUCAGCAACAGCAGCAAUCACCAUCGGCGGACUCCACCAUGAGCGAGAGGUCGCUCGUGCCAUUUGCACUGGUAAAUUUACUGUCCUCACUCAAUAAUAUCGAUCCGCAGCAGUCGCCGACCGGGGAAGGCCCUGGCGACCGGAACACGAUGUUGCCAUUCGCUUUGCAACAGGCGCGCUCGGGGCAAAGCAUCAGCGAGCGCACGCUAGAAGAAUGCUGGUCCACACUGCAGCGAAUCUUCAUGCACAAGAACGCCAUGCAAAUGCACGCGCGCGAACUUCAGCGAGGGUUGGGCGGUGAAGUGAAGCCGCACCAAUGCCAGCAGUGCUUGAAGUCGUUCAGCUCCAACCACCAGCUCGUGCAGCACAUCAGGGUCCAUACUGGGGAGAAGCCUUACAAGUGCAGUUACUGCGAUCGGAGGUUCAAACAGCUGAGCCACGUCCAACAACACACGAGACUGCAUACAGGCGAGCGGCCCUACAAAUGCCACCUCCCAGAGUGCGGGCGCGCCUUCAUCCAGCUCUCGAAUCUUCAGCAACAUCUUCGGAACCACGACGCCCAGGUGGAGCGGGCCAAGAACAGGCCCUUCCACUGCAACAUCUGUGGGAAGGGCUUCGCCACCGAAAGCAGCCUUAGAACGCACACGGCAAAGGAGCUUCAGCUGCACCUUGGUGUUUUGCAGCAACAUGCCGCGCUCAUGAUCGGGGGCGCCACCGCCACGCCAUGCCCCAUUUGCCACAAAGUCGUAUUCGGUGGCGAAGCACUUGUAGAACACAUGAAGAAUACACACAAGGACCCUAAUGCGUCCGGCGUUGCCAGUCCACCCGCCACGUCACCGUACCCGGCGCAAGCUAAACCUAUUGAUCCUUAUAUAGCCAAGCGGCGGACGGCGAACCACCCGUGCCCGGUUUGCGGGAAGCACUACGUCAACGAGGGUUCCCUGAGGAAGCACCUGGCCUGCCACCCGGAGACCCAGCUCACCAGCGGCCUCCGCAUGUGGCCCUGCUCCGUGUGCCAGGCCGUGUUCACGCAUGAGAGUGGUCUUCUCUCUCACAUGGAGCAUAUGAGAAUGGAACCAAAACACCAGUUCGCCGCCCAAUACGUCCUCUCCCGCGCUGCGGCCGAGAGACGAGAACGUGACAUACUUGCCGCUGUCUCCGCCUCGGCUGGAGGAUCAGGCCUUCUGAACCUAGCGCCACCCUCGCCAGCGCACUCUGACUCCUCCUCCAACGGCCGGUUAUCCUCCUCAGCCGGGUCCGAAGCGGGCGCCGCCGUCAACAAACUGACUGACCUCCUCCGAUCGGCUAACAACGGCCACCAAGCAUACCCAGAUGAAAGAGUAGCGGCGAUCGCAGCGGCAGCCGCGAACAUGAUGGCUCAGCCAGGAGAAGGUGCCAAUGCUGUUCAGGUGGCCGCAGCGAACCUAGUAUCAGCGAUGAGACAGCAGCUGGCCAGAGAACCGCCACCGACGCAGCCGCCGGCUGAAACACCGCCGGCGCCCUCGGAAGCAGCACUUCGAAUUCAACAAGCUGAAGCCUUACUCCGGAGUCAGGCCGAGGCUCUCCGAUUGGCCGUGUCGCAGGCUGCGGCGGCGCACAACACGGAAGCGGCCAGUCCCUUGAGACACAACGGAGGCUUUCCUCCCCAACCACCAAACGACGCGAGUGGACAACUAUCACCAGAGUUAGUGGAGGCGUUCCGAAUCGCUCAGGAGCAGAGAUUGGAGCAGGCGUUGAGGUUACACGAUCCUAGGAUGUUGGGCUUUAAUUUGCCGUCGCCGGUUCAGCAGGCGGCACAGCAGGCUGCACAGCAGGCAGCACAGCAGGCGGUGGCCGCACAGCAGGCGGUAGCCGCGCAGCAAGCUGUGGCCGCGCAGCAAGCAGUGGCAGCGCAGCAGGCAGUUGCCGCACAGCAAGCAGUGGCCGCACAACAGGCCGCACAACAAGCCGCACAACAAGCUGCUCAACAGCAACAUAUGCAGCAGCAGGCUGCCCAGGCCGCCCAGGCCGCCCAACAGGCCGCACAACAGGCGGUCCACCUCCAACAAAACCCUCAACCAUGA